CUGUCAGUCAUCGUGAAUGCUGGUCCUACUUUAAAUUCUUAUAUAAUUGCUAAACAAGUGAAACGUGCUGUUUUACAUUUCUUAAAUGUGAACGUUUUAUUUUUAAGUGUCGUAGUGUCACGGAUGUUUUUUAUCGCUUGCCCAGCUGGGUCGAUGAUGCACGAGUUAAACAUAGUACUUCGUAAUUGUGAUCAUGAUCAGAUGGAAAACACGAAGUAUAAUAUUUUUAAUUCACUGACCGGCGAAUAUUUAACAAGCUGUGUGAAAUGUCAUUAAAAGGUCUGCGAUUCGAGUAACUUACGAGAGAGAUGUGAAAACAACAUUUAAUCUUAAUCGACCAAAUUUCGCGUAUAAUAUGAGGGAUGGAGCAUUCCAUAUCCCACGUUUGACAAAUCGAUGCAGCAUUUUUCAAUGAGAUAAACUGCAAAGUUGCUUGCAUUAAUCGUAAUCUUGAUUAAUCACGGGCGAACAAACGAAAAAUAAAAAAUGCUCCCUCGAGUCUCACUUAUGUGCUCGUAAAACUUGAUACAUGAUACUUUACUUAAAUAUUUGUUACCAAAAAUGGAAGUUGUUUGGAAGAGUAUAAAAUUUAAAUAUAUAUUCGCCUGUAUUUUAAUCACAUUCGUUAUUUCAUGCUUGAUAAGUAUUGCUCCAAUGAGUAUUGAUGAUUGUAAAUGUGAAUUAAAUACUCAAGAGAAUAAUGUUCAUAAAGUUCAUAAGAAAUCCUUACAUCGUUUAGCUGUACUUGUGCCAUUUAGAGAUCGUUUCGAGGAACUACUUAUAUUUGCUCCACACAUGAAAAAGUUUUUAGAUAAGCAAAAUAUAGAUUAUCAUAUAUUUAUACUCAAUCAGGUUGAUAGGUUUAGAUUCAAUAGGGCCUCUCUUAUAAAUGUAGGCUUCCUGAAAGUUAAGAAGGAGUUCGAUUAUGUGGCUAUACAUGAUGUAGACUUAUUGCCCAUGAACGACGAAUUAAUAUAUUCUUUCCCUGACAAAAGCCCUUACCAUGUAUCUUCUCCAGAGUUACAUCCUAGAUAUCAUUAUCCAACAUUUGUUGGUGGAAUAUUACUUAUUAAAAGAGAACAUUUUAUAAAAGUAGAUGGUAUGUCUAACAAAUAUUGGGGAUGGGGUCUUGAGGAUGACGAAUUCUAUGUUAGACUGAAAGAAGCUGGGCUAAGCAUUGUAAGACCACAGAAUGUGUCCACUGGAACGCAUAACACGUUCAAGCACAUACACGAUAGAAAUUAUAGAAAGAGGGAUAUGGUAAAAUGUUAUAAUCAACGCGAAGUUACUAGGAAACGAGAUCGUCAAACGGGAUUACAUAACGUUGCUUAUAAAGAAUUAGGUGUAAUUAAAAUGACUAUCGAGGACACUCCGCUGACCGUCCUUAAUAUUUCUCUGAUGUGUGAUAAAACGAGUACACCUUGGUGCGAUUGUGAUAAAGUUGUUGGCUCUAAAGACGGCAAGUCGAAGGAAAAAAAAGUCAAUAAAUCUGCCACUGGAUUGUAAUUAUUCUAAUAAAAAAUGUAUAAAAAAGAAA